AUGGAGGGGUGUAUUGCCUUGGGAGUUUCUGGUGUUGACAUCUGCGCCGCGGCUGAGCAGAAACUGCACCAUCUAAACCUGCCGCAGAUUUCGUGCUAUGAUGUGGAGAGUCGUGUUGCCAUUUGUGUCGGUGAUGGUCAUGUUGGCACCAUGCGCAACAAGGGGAUCGAGCAGGGCGGUGUCGAUGGGCUCGCUGUCCAAGGACCGGAGAGCUGA